UUGAGUCUAGACCAACUCGUGAGGGAAUACACAUGUCACUCAAAAAUGUCAGUGACAAUGACACUCGGAGAUUGACAUUUUGGUUUCAUCUCUGCAGACGAUCUGCAGAUGUUUCGUCUUUGGCUCAUAAUGGCUUAAAAGUGUUUGUUUCUUAGUUGAUUCCACAUUGUAUCCAAGAAGACUCUUUCCAAACAUGGAGCCGAUUAUUUCUCUCCGUAUCACCAAGACCACCGUGGGCCUGAUUGGUAUCUUAGGCAAUGGUCUCGUCUGCAUUGUCAUUUAUUUUGCCAAGUCCAUGCACACCAUUACCAACCUGUUUAUCUUCAACCAAGCCAUCGUGGAUUUCCUCGGUUGUUUGUUGCUGAUUCUCGGCAGCAACGUCCCGGUGCCGGACCCCUUGCCUUCCGGUCCGGCCGGCGCCUUCUUGUGCCGGGUUUGGGUCUCGGAUGCCCUCCUUUGGCUGUCGUACUCGGCUUCUACAUUCAGCCUGGUCAUGCUUACAUUCGAGCGAUACUUCGCCAUCGUGUACCCGUUCAGAUACCGGGCGAUGUUUGCUCACGAGCGCCUAGUGCCAGGGGUGAUGAUCGCGGCGUCUUGGCUGAUCGGGGUCUUGGUGGCUAUAUACGGCGGUGCCAUUUUUGCUCCGGUGGACGACCACUGCGUCCCCGUGAACAUCCCCGGGGCUAGCGUGCUGGGCCUCCUCAUCAUCUGCCUGCAGUAUGCGCUCCCUUUCGUCUUCAUGGUCUUUGCUUAUGUAAGUAUCAUCCUGGAGUUGAGGCGGAGCUCAGCACGCGUCGGUGUCUUCGUGCCAAGUCAGGCUACCACGGGGGAGACAUCCUCAAAUCAUGACCCCAACCGGGUGUUGGAGCCUCGUCUACCGCACGACCCACUCCGUCGCGCCCGGCUCAACACCAUGGCCACCCUGGUGAUCAUCGCAGGGGCUUAUGUGGUUUGCUGGACACCCAACGAGGUCAUCUUCUUCCUCUUCAAUCUUGGUUGGCAACUGGAUUUCUCCAGUCCCCUAUACGUCGUAUCAGUCGCUCUAGUUGCCAUCAACUCGUGUGUCAACCCACUCAUCUACGCCAUCAAAUACAAGCAGUUCAAGCGGGCCAUGAAGAUGCUGUUUCGGCGCGAGUCGGAGCCUUCCCACGCGACCAUGGAGACAGAGAUGAACCCAUGAUUAUUCCACUCUUUACGCACAAGCACAGGCUAAAAACAACUCCAACUCGCAAUUUCCAAUAUCCAUCAAUAUAAAAUAACUACUUAUAUGCUUAAUAUGGGCUGCUUAAAUCUGACAUAUUGAAAACUGGCUCUUUCGUUUAUGACUUCAUUGCACGGA